CGAUUGAAGUCACAUGUUUGAAUGAAGUUAAAGCCUACGUAAAUAGAAUAGUAAUGUUAUUUUUAUUUUAGUAGUUUCAUUUAGUUAAAUGUAAAGUAGAUUUUUCUGUGUAAAUAGUAGUUUAGAUAAAAUGGAUGACAUAAUAACGAACGAAGAAUUGUAUAGAAUAUUGAAUGAUAGUGAAGAUGAAGAUUUUAACAUGGAUUAUGACAGUGACAAUGAUCCAGCUUAUGAACCUGAUCCUGAUGUUGGUGCAAUUAGUGAUUCAGAUCAUGACAUGGAAGAUGAACAAUUGAUUGACACUGAGGAUGAUCCACCUGAAGAUUUAGUAGCUGAAGUUGAACAAAUCAACAGAGGACAAGAAAGGUAUGUUUGGGGCCCUGUGGGUGAUUCAAAUAUGCUUACUAACUUAGAUUAUAAUCCAAACAAUGAAGAUGUGGGUGUAAAUAGCGAUAUAAUUGAGACAAUGAUAAACUGUAAACCAAAAGACUUUCUUGAAUUAUUUAUGGUUUUUGUGGUAGAUAUGCAUAAUGAAUCAUAAGACUUGACUUGAUCACAGUGAUGUUUAUUACAAGACUAGUUAGUAUCUUGUUUUAUAAUAAACAAAUAUGUGCUAAGUCAAAUCUUAUUUUUCGA